CCCAGCAUCUAGGCGAUGGUCCUGAUGACAAGAUUCCUUGGAUUCAUGAUGUCACAGCUUGAGACCACCGCUGGGAGGUCGAUGAUUGGCUCCCUGGCCUUUGGAGGCUGCCCACUCUGGGAGGCUCAAGCCAAGAAUGGCUUGCCUUCCAGAGAUAUUUCCCCCCAGCUACCACCGAGUCAAAUCCGCACCUUCUCUCCUGGCUUAGCUGGCCCCGGGCAUCGGCUGCUUCGCUGCUCCAGGCCUAGAAGACCUUUGGACAUCCGCACCGUCUUCUUCCACCUGAGGCGCAGGUCUAAGAUGGAGAUUCUGGAUGAAUUUGACAAUGAGUCCCCGCUAUAUAUCUCUUUUUGCACGAGGGUCUCUCCCGAGGAAUUUGAACAGCAGUCCCUGAGUUAUACAGAGAAAUCCCUGCAGGACCUUUACAGAAGAAUGGAGCAAAAUCCAGGAAUUUGCGAGUCCAUUGUCAGGAAGAGGAAACAGCUGGAUCAGGAGGAAGCUGACCUGUUAUCCUGUUUGAAGGCCAAACUGUCUUUACUGUUUCACGGUGGCCACCCACUGGAAAUGGAGGAGAUGGAAGCAGAGGUGGAGCAGCUGAAACGGGAGAUGCAGAAGGCCAGUAACUAUGCUGUCGCUGCCAAGAGAGCUUCUCAGUGGCCGCUGGCAAGAAGGCCAAGGAAGAAUAUUCUACGGGGAAAAUUCUGCCCCUGCCAGACCAGGCCUCCUGAACCAACCACGCCCCCCAUGCCCAAAAUCUUUGGUCCUUACCCAACGCAGGCAGAGAGAUCAACAGACCUGAACAUGCCCUGGGGUGGCCUGUCGCCAAUCAAUCAGAAGAGGUGA